UGGGCGUAGUCAAAUUUUAAUUUCAUUCAUUUUGGUUCUUGUUUUUGUGCACUCAACUAUGAUACAGAUAAUAUUAAAUACUCCAGUGUUUUUUUAAAUAUUGUUUUGCUUAAAAAGUUUACUAUUAAUUUUGUUCUAUAAAUGUAUCGUUUUUGAUUUAGACUAAACAACAAAAUAAACAAUAAUGCAUUCGACUAUUAGCUACACUGUUUGUCUUUUGUUGUUAAUUGAGGGUGUGUUUGCCCAAUAUGAAUGGCAGUCCAGAGAUGCUUUCGAUGAAAUCAAAAUUAAGUUCGACAAAGUUUCGGCCGAAAAUUGUGCCAUUCAGCAUGUAAGCGAUAUGUAUCUCCCUGAAGACACUGUUUCGCAUCAUCCAGAUAUCAAGGAUAUAAAUGUUAAUCCUAUUUUUCCCAAUCGUACUGCUAUGCUGCAUUUACACAAUAUGGCCAUGAGUCGAAGUUUUUUUUGGAGUUACAUUCUCCAAAGUCGUUUUAUACGGCCUGCAAUAAAUGACACUUAUGAUCCCGGCAUGAUGUACUACUUUCUUUCGACGGUAGCUGAUGUUUCUGCCAAUCCGUUUAUCAACGCUUCAGCAAUAUACUUCUCAGAGAACAGCUCAUAUACAUCUUCAUAUCGUGGGUUUUUCAAUAAGACUUUUCCUCGAUUUGCCCCACGCGCAUUUCGUUUGGAUGAUUUUAAUGACCCGAUUCACCUACAAAAAAUUUCAACAAUGAACACUUUUGAUGUUCGUGAUCUGGGAGCAUCUCCAAAAGAUGCCAUUUCGAAGGAUUAUACUUCCGAGUUAUACAAAAUAAACGAAUGGUAUAAGACGUGGUUACCCGACGAUGUUGACAAGAGACACGACACUAAGACGACGUACAAAGUGCAGAUUCGCUAUGCCAACAAUACAAAUGAAACCUAUACGUUUCACGGACCACCUGCAGCGGAUGAGACUCCAGGUCCGGUGAAAUGGACACGGCCUUACUUCGAUUGUGGGCGUUCGAAUAAAUGGCUAGUAUCAGCAGUCGUUCCCAUUGCAGAUAUUUACCCUCGACACACGCAGUUCCGACAUAUCGAGUAUCCAAAAUACACCGCAAUUGCCGUCCUGGAAAUGGAUUUCGAAAGAAUAGAUAUUAAUCAGUGUCCGAAAGGAGGCGGGAAUGACAAACCAAAUCAUUUUGCUGACACGGCCCGUUGUAAGAAAGCAACCACGGAAUGUGAACCUUUACAUGGUUGGGGUUUCAGACGCGGUGGUUACCAAUGUCGAUGUACACCAGGUAAUCGCCUGCCCAAUAACGUGCGACGUCCUUACCUGGGUGAGGUAAUUGAACGAGCUUCUGCAGAACAGUAUUACAAUGGUUAUGACUGCAUGGCUAUUGGUUGGAUUCAAAAAUUACCUAUUCGUCUCGAUCGUUCACCAUACCAUGUGAGGGAAAAGUUAAUGGAUCAACAUGAGGAGUACAAAAACUACUCGACUAUGGCUCAGGCAAUGCAUGCGGAACAUUUAAACAUUCAUCAGGCUCUAAAGUUUAUUGGUAGUGUCAACCACGCGACGUGCAAAAACUUUCAUCCUCAAGAUCUAAUACUACGCGGUGAUGUAAGCUUUGGAGCUAAGCAGCAAUUUGAAAACGAAGCUAAAAUGGCUGUUCGUUUGGCUAAUUUUAUCAGUGCAUUUCUUCAAGUAUCUGAUCCAAAUGAAGUUUAUUCAGGGAAACGUGUUGCAGAUAAACCUCUCACGGAGGAUCAAAUGUUUGGUGAAACUUUAGCUAUUGUUUUGGGCGACACAAAAGUUUGGUCAGCUGGUACAUACUGGGAGCGCAAUAAAUUUACAAAUCGUACAUAUUUUGCACCAUUUGCUUACAAAAGCCAAUUGAAUACACGCGAUUUUAUGGUGGAAGAUGUUGCCCGCCUAAAUAAGACGAACGAACUCUAUACAGAAAAAAAAUUCUUUAAAUACUUAAAACAACGGUGGUCUACAAAUUUUGAUGAUCUAGAAACUUUUUAUAUGAAAAUGAAGAUUCGUCACAACGAAACUGGUGAAUAUUUGCAACAAUACGAGCACUAUCCAAAUUUUUAUCGCGCUGCUAAUCUUCAUCAUGGCUACUGGACUCAACCGUAUUUUGAUUGUGAUGGUCUUGUGAAAUUGUGGUUGAUAACUUAUGCAGUACCAUUUUUCGGAUGGGAUAGCUUGAAAGUUAAGCUGGAAUUCAAGGGUGUAGUUGCAGUUUCUAUGGACAUGCUUCAAUUGGAUAUUAAUCAAUGUCCUGAUUGGUAUUAUGAACCAAACGCUUUUAAAAAUACAGACAAAUGUGACCGACAAUCAUCUUAUUGUGUUCCAAUUCUUGGUCGGGGCUAUACUCCUGGAGGCUAUAAAUGUGAAUGUCUUCAGGGCUAUGAGUAUCCUUUCGAAGAUCUAGUCACAUACUAUGAUGGUCAACUAGUUGAAGGUGAAUUUGAAAACAUAGUUGCUGAUAUUCCCAAUCGAUACGAUAUGUUUAAGUGUCGUCUUGCUGGUGCGUCUACUUUAAAUAAAACUGUAUCUUUUGUAAUAUGUUUCCUUGGCAUGAUAUUCAUUAUGCUGUUUAAAUAUUGAUAAAUCUGUUGACCAAAAAUUUUAAAAUAUUGAAUAUAGUGCUAUGUGAAACAUGAUAACGAUAAUAUCCAAAUAACUUCAAUCCGACAAAAGUUAUAAAUCUUAAGAUUCUUACAUAUUGUGUGUAACGAAAACAUCCUUUUCAUGUAAUCAUACAUUUUUAUAUUCUAACAUCUUUUCAUGGAUUGUAGGACUAAGUUUGAAAAAAGUUAAAAAAAAAAAAAAAAAACAGUGGCAGCAAAGGUUUCAAUAUUCAAAAUGUUAAAAAAAAAUUAUAAAAAGUAAAGUUAACUGCGUUUACUAUCUGAGUUCUAUUCAAUAACAAAUCAAAAUUCGUGUAGCAUUUCCUUGUCAAUUUCGGUACAUACAAUAUUGAAAGAUUACAUAAUUUUCCGUUAAACAAAAGGAAAUAUUUUUUACUAAAGAUUGACAACUUGACAUUUAUUUAAACAUUAUUUCUUAAUAGAAUCUAAAAUAGGGUUCAGAUACAAAGCAGUUUUCUAAGUUUUAAGAUUAAUAUUUAAUCUAACUGACACUGUCAUUUUCCAAUUAAUACUAAUAAUGUGUUAUAAAAAUGGCAGUGUUGUGCAGAACCGUCCAUAGAAUUAAGUAGCCAGACGUCGAAUUCAAAGUAAUCUAUGUAUUUUUUGUUUUAUGCUCGAAUAGUUUUUU